CGUUUUUUGGGCUGCCACAGAAACGGAACCUGGGGCUUCAGAACUAAAGGCAACCGCGCCUCGCUUCGCAGUCGGACUGCCUCCCGAGCAGCACCCCCAGACCGGAAGUCACCCAGCAGCCACUUCCUUACUCUAAGGCGCGGUGCAGGGCUGGUGGUCCGGCCAAAUGGACGGUUGAGGCGGGAGCGGAGCAGCUUCGGAGACUUUCUUUAAGGCGGCAAGGCCGCGAAGGGCGCGGGGUGGAGGGUAGGAGUACGCGGAAAGGGAUAAAGAACUCACCUGGCAGCUGAGGAACACUGCCGUUCCUAGGGCUCCUGAACUGGAUCGCGCAGGCGUGGAGCGUCCGGGCGGGGGCGGGCCCUUAAAGAGGCCGCAGCGGAGAAUCCAGGAGCCCGCCGAGAACCUGGGAUACCUGGGGGCGAGGGGCGGGUGCGGGUUGUGCGAUUGCGUAGAUCCCCUCAUAUCCCUGCCCCGGGUGGUGACGGGUAUCGAUCCCUAGAGGACCAGGUUCUGAGUAGAGCCGCUCUUGGAACCCAGUCUGCGGACCGGCCCAGGGACCCCCAGUUUAAGCGCGUCUCCCCGCCUCCAGCCCGCGGCGCUAUGGCUCACGUCGGCUCUCGCAAGCGCUCGAGGAGUCGCAGCCGGUCCCGGGGCAGAGGGUCGGAAAAGAAAAGGAAGAAGAGCAGUAAGGACGCUCCCAGGAGCUGCUCGGCUUCUAGAUCCCAAAGCCGCAAAGCCAGCACUACCUCCUCUGGGGCGGAGGCCUCACCUUCUCCAUGCAUCACAGAGAGAAGCAAACACAAGGCCCGGAGGAGACCACGAUCCAGCUCUUCCUCCUCUUCUUCCAGUUCUUCUAGCUCCUCUUCCUCCUCGUCCUCCUCCUCUUCCUCCAGCGAUGGCCGGAAGAAGCGGGGGAAGCACAAGGACAAGAAGAGGAAGAAGAAGAAGAAAAGGAAGAAGAAGCUGAAGAAGAGAAGCAAGGAGAAGGCCAAGGUGCAGCAAGCUGAGGCUCUGCCUGGACCUUCGCUGGACCAGUGGCACAGAGCAGCCGAGGAGGAAGAGGAUGGCCCAGUCCUGACAGAUGAGCAGAAGUCCCGCAUCCAGGCCAUGAAGCCCAUGACCAAGGAAGAGUGGGAUGCCCGGCAGAGCGUCAUCCGCAAGGUGGUUGACCCUGAGACAGGACGCACCAGGCUCAUUAAGGGAGAUGGUGAGGUCUUAGAGGAGAUCGUAACCAAGGAACGACACCGAGAGAUCAACAAGGUGGGUGUCGUCCCUUUGCCUAGGCCCACCCCCAGCUCCGCUGCUCAUGUGUCCCCUCCUGUGUGCUCUCUUCCCAGCAAGCCACCCGAGGGGAUGGUCUGGCCUUCCAGAUGCGGGCAGGGCUGCUGCCCUGAGGUCCCCCCCGCCAGAGUCUUCGGACAGUGUUGGUAGCAUGGCCUGGAGGCUGGCCUCAGGGAGGGCAGCAGGAGCUCAAUGGGUGCUAUUUGCCUUUCACCUGCAGACCGACCUCUGGCCCAGCCUCCUCUCAGAUGCAGGGGGUGGAGGGCAGAGUCACUGGCCUAGUCAGCUCUCCCAUCUUCCCAAAGAGCGCAACUUCCCAGAUAUUAAACGUUCCCUGGUUGGAGAA